CAGAAUUAAGUGGUAAAUCAUUCAUUAAUCAAAGUAAAUACCUAUAAUUAAUUGAUUAUUCCUGAUUAGAUUAAACCCAAACCCUCUAAAGCAAUCCAAAUUACAACACCACUCAAUCUUUGUACCAUAAUUCUCCUCCAUCCAUUGAAAGUUGUUGAGCUGCUGCACAAACCAAAUCCAAAGACAUUCAAGUAACUCCAUUCUUCCUUGUUAUUUCCAUAUACGUAUAAAUCUCCACUUGAUAAAAAGAUUUUUUUGAGAAAACUUGUCUUUGAUUGUUUUGUUUUCUAUAUAAGUGGUUCAACCUACUAAUAAAGAAAAACUUGAUCGAACAAACAUUACCCAUAAAAGCGAAGCUGGCGUACCGCACUUUUCUAACGCUUAAAUCAUUUUCCGUGGCUUCUUUUGUAAGUAGUGGAUGAUAAUAACUUUGUCUUCCAUAAACACAAAAAAAUGACAGCAUUGUCGUGCAACGUUUCGAAUCGUGCACAUGGUUUAUGUAAUGAGCCAGAGAUCUGGAGAAAUGAAGGUAUCCCAAGAGAUGGAUUUCGAAACACGGUGGGCAUGAGAUGUAAUAAAAGGGAAGGAAGAAGAUGUUUUGUUCUGAAAGCUAGUAGCAGCGGAUAUCAAAAGGUAGAGAAGAUUAAUGGCAGAAAAGUGAACGGUACGUACAUUGAAAGGACUUACGAUCGGGCACAAGAAAGCAAUAGUUGGGAUGGUGCGCCUGUUCAUGAGUUUCAGCUGGGUAGAUUCGUCGAAGGGCGGUUUGUGUACAGACAGUUAUUUGUUAUCAGGUCUUAUGAAAUUGGACCUGACAAAACAGCUACAAUGGAAACUCUCAUGAAUCUGCUUCAGGAAACGGCCCUUAAUCACGUAAUGAGCUCUGGCCUAGCUGGUGAUGGUUUUGGAGCAACUCAUGAGAUGAGCCUCAGAAAACUUAUCUGGGUUGUCACCCGCAUACACAUCCAAGUUGAGAAAUACAGCUCCUGGGGAGAUGUGGUGGAAGUUAACACUUGGGUAGAUGCUGCUGGAAAGAAUGGGAUGCGUAGGGAAUGGGAAAUUCGGGAUAAUAAGACGCAACAGAUAAUAACAAGAGCUACAAGUACAUGGGUGGUCAUGAAUAGAGAAACAAGAAGGUUGUCUAAGAUGCCAGAACAAGUGAGGCAAGAGGUGAAACCCUUCUACCUGAAUAGAGCUGCAAUCGGUGAAGCAGUAGAUGAUACAGCUAAAAUUGACAAGCUCAGUAAUGAUACUGCAGAGAGCAUCCGUUCGGGUUUAGCUCCUAGAUGGAGCGACAUGGAUGCCAAUCAACAUGUGAACAAUGUGAAAUAUAUCGGAUGGAUUUUAGAGAGUGUACCUAUAAAUGUAUUGGAAGACUACAAUCUCACAAGUAUGACACUAGAAUUUCGACGCGAGUGCCGGCAAUCAAAUUUGCUAGAGUCCUUGACAGAUAUGGAAGUAAUUGAAGCUGAAGAAACAACCAACAAUGGAAGCAAAACUAAAGCAGAUUUUAGAAGCACACACCUAAUUCGAAUGCAACGAGAUAAAGCUGAGAUCGUGCGAGCAAGAGCAGAAUGGCGAUCCAAACAAAAACACAAAUGAAUAGGACUAUUAGAUGUUUAUAAAUAUUUAUCACUCAAUUUAUAUUCUUUUUGGGUUUUUGUUGUGUUUUUUUUCCUUUUUUCUGUCAGGAAUUACAACCCUCGUGUUUAGUACAUUUUGGUGUUUGUGAGUAUCUUGGAGUUGUGAGCAUUAAAUUUUGUGAGGACAAGCUUUUUUUCUGCCUAGUAAAAUUUGAGCAUUAUUAUGUAUUCCUAAAUCAAACCCACAAUGGUUCUUAUCAGUAGACCAA